AUGUCAACCUCAGGAUUUUUGGAAGAUGCCAUACCAGUGCCACAAUACACUCAAGGUCAUCUCAUUCAUGAGCCACCAGAAGAAUCUGCAGCUGAAGGUAUGGAAAGCUUUGAACAAUACUACAGACAGAAAGGUUCACAUGAUCAGUCAAUCCACAAUGGUCUUAUUGUUGAUGAUGAUCCAGUAUCAAACCACCAUACAGGGGGCUUAGCAGACAUUUACACCAAGUCUUCUUCCUCUGGAGCAAUCAAUCAGUAUCCACAGUAUUCAGGAACAGUCCUCAAUUAUGAUGCCGAAAACUUCAGUCCUUAUCAAGCAUUCAUGACUCCCAAUUACUCACAAGGAUACAACCCUGAACAUCAUUCAAGCCUGGAAGAUGUUUGGAAACUAAGGGGUUAUGCAGAUGGACAGGAAACAACCAAUGAUUAUGAUAUCCUUGAAGCCACAGGCAAAACAUCAGAUGACACUUAUGAGACAAAUUCAAUGAGAUUAAGUCACGGUGAAAAACAGCCCAGAACAGCCAAUGGUCUCCCUUACAACGGCCAUCCUUCUAAAUCGAGAACGUUUCUUAUAGCCAAUUAUGCAUCUCAGAGAAUGCACAUUCAUGAAAGCAUCUUCAGAGAUAUGCCAGUAUUUUGGAAUCAAAUUGAGUCCAUGAUGACAAAUGACUUGCAAUUAUUUUUCCCAAACAAUCCUAGGGCCUGUAAUAGCUUUGCUGUAUGGUCAGCAAUUAACAUUCUGUUCCCAUUGACGAUGUAUAGGGUAGUGUGGCUGUUGAAUAACUAUGGUCAUAUAGGCGACGAGCUCCCCUAUCCUAACUUGGAUUCAACACUAUAUCAUGCAAAGGAGUUUUUCAAAGACUGGAUGAUGAAAGAGAUCUGUGAAUUUCAUGAUGCUGUGUUAGAAUUGCAUGAAGUCAAUAGAGAUGAGUCCUCACUAUACAAAAAGAGAUCUUUCAUAGCUCAAAGGUCAACAAUUAUAUUUCAAUCAGAGUUCAAAAGAGGUUGUCAUGAAAAUUUGAACAGGGCUUCUUGGAACAUAUUGAAGGAAUGGAUUUCACAAAAUGUGAAACAUAAGUAUGUAGCCCGAGAAGUUUUCAAAAGUUGCAAUCCCAGUUUCAGAAAAGAAUUUUCACAAAAGAACUUCAAGGACUCUGAUUAUGACCAAGUAACAAGCUGGGAGAAGGCGUUAUGGUACCAUUGA